UGAAUAUCAUAUCAAACAUCGCAGCAAAAAAGAAAAAAAAACAGCAGUCAUGCUAAUGCUAAUAUCCGUUUGUUAACUGCAACUAGCCAGUCGGUACACACAUCUAUACAUGUUAAAAGCACGAUUAGACUACAGUCUAUGGUUAACAGUUUGGAAAGGAACACGUGUAUAUAACAACAAGAAAAAAGAUGCAGGCAGGUGACCCUGUGGUUGGUGCAUCCAUGGCAGUCGCUGGUGCUCAGAGUCGGUCAGAGGAUGAGGAAUCACUUGGAGUAAAAGAUGUAAAAAGGACAGCAACACAAGCAUUUGGCAGCAGUGGUGUCCCCAAACGCAGAAGUUCCUCCAGGUCAAUAAAGAGGAAGAAGUUUGACGAUGAGCUUGUGGAAAGCAGUCUUGUCAAAUCAUCUACUAGAGUUAAAGGCCCUCCUGUCAUGGAGCCUGUUCGGUGUUCAGGAAGUGAACUAUCGUCUGGUGAGAAAAAAAAGAUUGCCAAGUCAGGAACUACUCUCACGCCACCUAUUGCUAUGGUAAUAAACCCUGCACCUAUCACCAAAAGAGUCAAAAAAAGCAAGCAACCGCUGCAUAUUACUAAAGACCUGGGAAGAUGGAAGCCCACAGAUGAUCUGCUGCUAAUAAAUGCUGUGCUACAGACCACAGAUCUAACCUGUGUUCAUCUGGGGGUGAAGUUUAGCUCCCGUUUCACUUUACGUGACAUUAAAGAGAGAUGGUAUGCCCUGCUGUAUGACCCUGUCAUCUCAAAGCUUGCAUGGCAGGCUAUGCGGCAGCUUCACCCAGAGGCCAUUGCAGCAAUUCAAAGCAAAUCCCUCUUCAAUCAGACCGAGGAGGCACUACUGGCCAAGAUUGGUUCAACCAGUCAGCCCAAACUGGACGUGUUCCAAGAGAUGCUGAGCAAACAUCCUGGUGUCUUUCAUCCAUCACGUUCCGCCAAGAGCCUACUGGUGCACUGGCAGCUACUAAAGCAGUAUUACCUUUUGGACGAUCAGAGUGUGCAGCCUCUUCCUAAAGGUGACCAGGUUCUAAACUUUUCUGAUGCUGAGCAGAUGGUGGAUGAUGUGAAGUUAAAAGAAAGCCGGGAUGAGGUUUUAGAACACGAGUUGAUGAUUUCUGAUCGUCACCAGAAAAAGGAGAUCAGACAGUUAGAGCAGGAGUUGCCUCGGUGGCAGGUUCUUGUUGACAGCAUCACAGGCAUGAGCAUGCCCGACUUUGACAACCAAACACUGGCAGCACUCCGAGGACGAAUGGUUCGCUAUCUGAUGAGAUCACGAGAAAUUACGUUAGGAAGGGCAACCAAGGACAAACAGAUAGAUGUUGAUCUUUCACUGGAGGGACCCGCAUGGAAAAUUUCAAGAAAACAAGGAAUCAUCAAAUUAAAGAAUAACGGAGACUUUUUCAUUGCCAACGAGGGCAGACGGCCCAUUUACAUAGAUGGCAGACCAGUCCUGUCUGGAAACAAGUGGAAACUCAAUAAUAACUCAGUGGUAGAGAUCGCAGGUCUUCGCUUUGUUUUUCUCAUCAACUUGGAACUCAUCUCAUUAAUAAAAGCUGAAGCGGCCAAGAUGACACAGCAGUGAACGUCCGCAUUCAAGCUCACAAACGCAUACAUACUGAGGGAGAGGACCAGCCGGUCGUUCUGUGUGGUGCAACUACUAACAACUGAAGUUGUUCUUAAAACCAACACCGCACUGAUGACAACCAUGUUGUUUUGGGAAGAAUACGUUGAAGGCUAAUGUUUGUAAAUGUUUUUGGUCAAAUCUAUGUUGUGUAGAUAGUUCCGGAAUAGAGUUGUGUUUUUCACAUUUUUAAGAAUAUUGUAUUUAAAUCCUGCAGUAAACAUUUCUUAAAAUACUGAACUUGUAAAUACUGUGUCUUUUUUGUACACAAAACAACCAACCUACUGCAAUGGAUCAGACUGAGUCAUUCAUGCUAAAAAUGCCAAGAAAAUAAUAGGACAUUGUUUUUUUCUGACUGAUUUGUUCCUUUGGCCUUUGACCCUUAUCCAAAAUUUCUAUUGCGAAAACAAUAGAGAAGGAUCAAUGACGAGUGUGAGGUGAUCUAAAACAGUCCUUUGACUAUAUGUGGAAUAUUUUCAGUGGUUAAAGUCAGACAACUCAUAAAGAUAAGAGUUUAAACAGCGGUUGAGCUCCUGUGCCUCAAACUAUAUUGCGUGAAAGAACGAUCAAUCUAAAAGAUUAACCAGACUAAAGGACAGAGGUACAUGGUUAAUGAUUCUUCACAGUGAGCGCUUCUUCAUGUCAUCCUAAAACAAACUGUAUCUGCUGUAUAGUUGGUGAUCCUUAAAAAAGGAGCUGAAGAAACUCAUCCAUUUAUUGUUGGAUACCUAUGCAUUACAACACGGUUAUUAACAUUUUAUUAAUUUAUAAAACAUUUAAAUUUAAACCUGUGGAGACUGUAUCUUGUUCUCUAUUUGUUCAUUACGUAAUACUGCUAAUAAAGUCACCAGUUUCCUUCUGGAAACCCCAUAAAAAGAAAGAAAA